AUGAGGCCCGACCACGAAGGUACGCCGUUUCUUUCAAACAAUAUAUUUAUAUCACGCUCACGAAGCGGUCUCUCUCUCUGAAAAAUGACUCGAGCAUCGUGUUUUUCAAUGUUGUCACAGGCCGGGACGGUCCUUAAACGACCAGGGAACCCUGAAUCUGUCCGAGUCCCUAUUCUCUAAAAUGUCUACAAGUUGUGGCCGUGGCCGGGAAAAAAUCUAGGCCAUGGAAUCUUUUUUGCAUUUGGCACAGCAUUCACAAAAAUUAGCGGAUUGUCAAAGUGCCAGGAUGUAAUAUUAUCAGCAGGGAAGAGUUUUCUAGGCCACGGCGAUAACUUUAACUGCUUCUGAGAAUUGGGAAUCAAAGAGUGAACAGACACAAAGACAUUUGAGGGUUCUCUGAUCCUUCAAGCGCACGUUCAACGGUCCGGUCCGGCCUGGCGUUUCUUCAUCACAAUUUGUGGCAUUGAUGACAAAAAUGACGCAAAUCGACAAUUUUUCACCUAAAACAAUGAAAAUCGAUUUAAAAAAAUGCAAAUUCGGGCAGGAACCGGGGCGGCGAGAGAAAUUACAUGCACGUUGUUUCUCGAUAACUUUUGUAUACAGAACGCCAACUCAAGCAACAUAAGUACAAUCAAAUUGAAGUUUUCAUCGUUGUCAGAAUCGUAAUUUCCGAAUUUCGCUAUCCUUCUCUUCAAUCUUGUUGCUCGGCGAGCAAUCUGAAACGUUUCUCGGCGAGCACGGCGACCAAAAGUAUAGAAAUUUUCAGAGAACUUUCGCUAUUUUCGAGUCAAAUAUCGAUGAAAGAAGACAUUUAGAAAGGAAAACAGCGCUCGAGCCGUUUCCCGCAUAUUUCGCAACAGUCCUUUCGAGCAUUUUCAGCACAAAACUCGAAAAUCGAUACGGCUUUUUUAAUUCUCAAUGAAAUUUGCUCGUUUUGAGCCGAAAAUGUGCGCAAUGAUUAAUUUCACAGAUUUUUGCAAGUACGGCGUCGAAAUCGUACGGAAUUUGGAUCUUUCUUGACGAAAAACGAAAAGCAUGACAAAUAAGGUGUAUAUUUGAAUUUUGCGUUAAAAUGAUGAGAAACCGUGCUCGCUAGGCUUUUUCUACACUUUUGGUCGCCGUGGAGAGUAAGCAUGACGGUUCAACGACAAGUUCCUUCCGUUUUCGAGCAUUCGUGUCGAGCGACCAGCGUUUUCUGCGCUUUCAAGCUGAAAAACAAGUAAAUGAACGUGCUAACAUAUAAAAAAGCAAGUGUAUGACGAGGAAAUACGACAAUUCGGGUUAGAAAACUGAAAAAGCGGCUGCAAAACGUUGAGAAUCGCAGGUUUUUGUGCUUGAAAUUAGAACGCGUCGAGUUGUGCGUCAUGCGUGCCGGAAACGCGCCAGCUGCGCCGCUUCGGUGCCAACAGUCUCCUUAUUUCCAGGAAAAUAGCUUUAAUGAAAAAGCAUUGAAAAAUGACGAGAAUUAACAUAAAAUACGUAGGAGAAACAGAAAAGUUUGCAGAUGUAGUCACCACGAAAAGCACGUCGAAAUGGACGAGGAUAUGGGCGUGCGUGGCCGUCUUCUUCAUUAUUCUCUUCCUUUUAGUACUAGGCGCCGCUAUUUAUUUCUAUAUCAACUACAAGGACAGCUCAGACGUCUGUCUCACUCCCGGAUGCAUUAAAACUGGUUAGCACUUUUUACAAAUCCCAAAAAAGCCUCCAGUUGGACUGGGAUUUUAGUUUAUAAAUUUUAUCGAAGCACACUUUCAGCGUCGGUGAUAUUGUCGUCGAUGAACGCGACAAUCGAUCCGUGCGUCGAUUUCUACGAAUUCGCGUGCGGACAAUGGAUAAAAGGCCAUCCGAUUCCGGACGAUGCACCAAGUGUUUCCAAUUUCGAAAAUUUGGGGCAGGAUCUGGAAUUCGCGUUGAAAGGUUAGUUUCUAAAGGACCAUGUGGCCUAGAAAACUCGGAAACUCUUCCCUGCUGACAAUAGGACACCCGUGCUCUUUGACAAUCUGUUAAUUUGUGUGAAAGGCCCCAUGGUGGCCUAGGAGUUUUCUAGGCCACUGCCACAACUUUAAGUGGCAUUUCGUUCAGAACUGUUGGAAGAGGACGAAGAAUUGUACGAGUACGAGACGUCGGCGGUCGGCAAAGCCAAAUAUUUCUACAAUUUGUGUCUGAACGAAUCGGAAAUUCUCGAAAACUGGCGGACGACGUUCGACGAGGUCGUGAAGAGUUUCGGCGGUUGGCCGAGUCUCGGACACCCGCUCAGUCGGGACGCCUCCAUCGAAAUGUUGUACGGUCAGUGUGCAAUUUGAUCGGCUUUUGAAACAGAAAAACUAGGGAAAGUUUAGUCGCUCUAAAAAUAGACUUGUAACUGAACUGACAGUACCAAUACCAUCGAAAAACGCAUGAAAACUUACCUAGAACUAUGAUUUCUCAAAAAAUUUGUACCUCGAACCUACCCCUAUCUUUGGGGCCUUAUAUCUCGAGAACCAGGGAUUAUUUCAACAAGUGGUCAACAGAGAAAUUGUUGUAAAUUGUAUGCUCUACAACUUUGUAAUUGAUCAUUUCAUCUCAACACGCCGCAUUUUCAAGUUACAAGCAUUUUUCUCAACAGUACUUUAAAAGUGACACUAACUUCCAUUUCAGGGCCACUUUGAGCCCCCAAAUCUGUGUUCCACUACUGACUUGUGUAAUUUUUCACGCUCUAUCCGAUGAUACUUUCGGUUUCACACAGUUUUCAUUUAUUCAGCGAGAUUUCAUCGAAAUCAUCGUCGAUCAGCUAUAAAAACAAAUUUUGACAUUUUCAGCCGACAUGGUCUCGAAAUUCAAAGCGGAUUCGCUGUUCAAGGCCACCGUUCAGCCGGACGACAAGAACUCGCAACGCCACGUUCUUCUGGUGGGUGUACUGUAGCUACCGUACCCGUACAGUACCUCCAACUGCCAACUUCCAGAUCGAUCAACCCCAAUUGAACCUGUUCGCGCGCGAUUUUUACGUGGCCGCCGAGAACGAGGAGCGAAUGGCCUAUUUGCAACUGAUCCGGUCCGUUUUUGGCCUAAAAUUGACGCCUUUUCAUAGAAAUUCGGCUUUCAGCGACGUUUUGAUUCUUUUGAACGCGAAUCGAGACUCUGCGACCACCGACGCCAAAGAAAUUAUCAAUUUCGAAACCGCCCUGGCCAAUGUGAGUUUUUACGUGGCUUUUUAUGGAUAUUUCUAAAGUCGGGACGUUUUGCAACCACGUUUUUUUGCAACUACAAUUGCAAAAUGUUCAAAAGAAUCGGAAAAAUCGAUAUUAUAUUUUUUGUCGGUUUCAACGAGGUCUCUAAACGAAUUUUCGCUAAUCGAUUUUAAAAAAAAACAUGAAAAAUGGCGCUAAACUGUCCGGAAAAAGCAGUCCGAUAUUAUCGAUUCACGGAAUUUGCAGAUCACGAUGGCCGACGAGCAACGACACGACAUUGCGGAGUUGUACACGAAAGUGACGCUCGGCCAAAUGAUCCAUCAACUUCCGAACUUCAACUGGCACACUUUUUUCAAUCACAUGUUCAAGGAUCUUCACGAUAAGGUACCCACGUAUUCGUCUUUUUCUAGCGAAUUUCUAGGCAAAACUCCGGUUUCAGAAGGUUUUUGAAACGGAAAGCGCGCGUUUUUUUCGGUGCCAUUUGCAUCUACUAAUUUUUUUGAAAUUUAAAUCAACCAGCCCAAAAGAAACCGGUUUUAGUGGCUUUUUGAAACGGUUCUUCGAUUCAUUUUUCACUUUUUCUUCAGUCUGGCAAACAAAUCACAUUUGACGAAGAUACCGAAGUGGUCGUGUAUGGAUUCGAGUUUUUGAGACGGCUCGACCAGCUUCUGCCAAUGUAUCAUCCGAGGUGAACGUUUGAAUGGAUAUUGUAGACGUCUGAGUGAUCCUAUAGGUCUGGAAGUUUUUCCAAUAAAAUCUUGAGGUCUAGUAGGUCAUUUUUGCAGUUGACACUUUUUCUCUACGCCCACGCGUUGGAGUACUGUAGUCCCUUGAAGUUGGAGCUCCUAUGUAUUUCAACACCAACUUCAAAAGACUACAGUAGCCCAGGAAGUGGGUGUACAAAAAAGUUGUCAACUACAAAAAUGUAGUACUAGACUUGAUCCACAUUUUUGCAGUUGACACUUUUUCUCUACGCCCACGCAUUGGAGUACUGUAGCGCGUGGAAGUCGGAGCAACUUCAAAGACCGACAGUAGCUCAAUGCGUGGGCGUAGAGAGAAAGUGUCUAUUACAAAAAUGUAGUACUUGACCUCAAGACUUCAGAAAACACAUUUUCGAAACCGUAGGACGUUGCGCAACCGUACAAACAUCGAUUCGUUUGCAGACUGGUCAUAAACUACCUGGAAUGGUGUUGGUUCUUCAAAACAAUGCUCCGCGAUUUGCCCGAUCCGUUUGCGCUCACCAUUUUCAAGUUUUACAAGUCGUUGAAUUGUAAGUCACCUUUUUUUUCUUCGAGCUCUGCGAAACGCUAAUGGUUUCGCAGUGAUGAAUGUGCAGAAGGUGCGUUGGCACGGCUGCGUAACCCGAAUAAACAGUCUGAUGCCGAUGGCGACGUCGGCGAUUUACGUCAAGAAUCACUUUGAUCACGAGGCCAAACAACAGGUACGCUCGCGUGCGCGCAUUUUCGAGCGAAAUUUGAACUUUCAGGUCGAAGAAAUGAUCUCUCUGAUAAUGGAAUCGUUUGUGGAUCUCUUGGUCAGUGAGGAUUGGCUCACUCAGGAAACGAAACAGUUUGCGAAACAAAAGGUACCGAGAAAAACGAGGAUUUCGAGUAAUUUAAGCCAAAAACAGAGUGUGUAGCAUUUUUUUUGGAAACUUUGCACUUUCAAAAACAUGUUUUGUUGCAGGUGAACGAGAUGAAGCGAAAAAUCGGCUAUCCGGACUAUUUGAACGACCCGGCGGCCGUGAAUUUGGAGUACCGAACGUUUACGGUACGGACUAUACGGUAGCCGGAACUUUUUGGGACCGCCUGGUCCAUAGAGUUUGGCUCUAACAGGACCAUCCCUGUAUUUAUGUGUGUUUUCAGGUCUAUCCGGGACACUAUUACAAAACAAAGUUCAGUUUUUACGAGCAAUAUCAGCGGGACGUUCUGGAACGCAUCACGGAACCAGUGGACCGAGAAAGGUUUGGGUGAAACCGGGGCUGGGCAAAACAUUGGCCGGCCUUGGCUGGCCAGCGGUCGGCCAAUGGUACGGUAAACAAUUCGGUGCACUGCGCGGUGUUUGCACACAAAUGAAAUUAAAUGACGACAAAAUCGGCGAAAUUAUUUUAAAAGGAGAAAAAGACAUGCUUGAACGUAGAAAAAAUGUGAAAAGAAAGUAAGUGAGUUAAAUUUCGAUAAAAUGAAAGCUGGCAAAUUUCGAAAAUUCGCAGAAGUGAAGAGAAAAAUAAAAUAGAACGACGAGAUGCAUGAGAACGAAACGAAAGAAAAAAUGUAUGGGAACAACGUUGUGAAUCGAAUUCAUCGAAUUGAGCUUUUUUUGUGUGAAAAUAUUUGAUCAUGAAGUGAAAAAACUUUGAAAAAAAGAAAACCCUUUCGAAAACACGUUUUUUUUUCUUUAUUUAAAAUGCUUUGUGUGCAAACACCGCUCAGUGAACCGAAUUGCUUACCGUAACGCUUUUUUGCAGUGGAGCGCGCUUGCAACUAGCCCGGCCAGGGUGAAACAAUUCAAAACGUUUGGAAAGUGGAUACAUCUUCACUGUUUCUCAAACUGUUCAUUCGAGCAAAAAAUGUUCCAGUGAGCGCUGAGACACGAUAAAUUAGAAUACAUUCACUGUUUCAACCCACAAAUCACUUUAAUUGACCAGUUUCACCGCUUCCUCUUCCCGAAUAAGAUCCCUCAAAAUCCCGUCAAAAAAUCGUCGACUUUCAAACGGAAUAUCCCCAUAAAUACCCGUCCCCACAUCACUUUUUCCUCGCCACAAUUGGCCAAAUCACUGAACGAGGCCAAUCAAUUGUUCGCUCUAAUUCGAGCCGCGAGAUGAAUCAACAACCUCUACGCGGCCAAAUAUUUCUUUCAUUUGGCCAAUUUGUGCGGCCGGAAAAUGGCAAAGUUUCAUGUCGAAUUUGAAAAUUUUGCUUACAGAUGGGUGGCCGGAGCAGCAUUGGUCAACGCGUUCUACAGUCCGAAUACGAAUGAAAUUAGUGAGUUUGCAGUGCCUAAAUUCUCGAACGACUUCAAUGCGUGGGCGUAGAAAAAAGGUGUCAACCGACAAUAUCCGAUCAUCUGUUUCAAUCGCUUUUCAACAAUGAAAAAGUGGUUUCAGUGCAAUUUUUUUUCGCUCGUUCUUUUUCCCCCGAAAAACGAUCAAUCCACUCCCGUCGGCCAAUGAUAAGGUUGCGCAGUGGAUUAGGCACGGAUUAGACGUGUGAUAGUCGGCGAAACUAAUCAAAAAACGAUAAUAAGAAUGGUGAUGAGUUGUUGGCACGUACAUAGAAAGAAUCAAGAAUCAAAUGCCGCUUGUUUCCAUUUUGGAGGGAAUUUGAAAAAUUUACAGUUUCAUAGACUUUAUGUCACUGCAUUUCUUCUUUCUUCUUUUUGAUACAAACAUCUUUUCCGAUUUUCCAAGUACGUCACAACUUUUGUUAGUGGCAGACAAUGAGACAAAGAAGUAAUUUGAUAAUUAAAAAUUAAAUUUAAAAAAAAAUGUAUCCUUCUCUCGAAAAAACGUUCACAUUUUUCAAAAAAUUAUAACUUUUUUCUAAAAAAUGCUACACACCGCCACGAGCGCUUAAAAUAACGGAAACCAUCUGGAGAACAUGGCAAAACCAUAAAAUUGUUUUUAAAAAAUUAAUUGCAGUCUUCCCGGCCGGAAUCCUCCAACCAGUCUUCUACAGCAAGGACUUUCCGUCUUCGAUGAACUUUGGCGGGAUCGGAGUGGUCAUCGGACACGAAAUCACGCACGGAUUCGACGAUCGAGGUACGGUACGGGUUACUGUAGUUUCUCGCUCUCAUUUUUUUCCAACUUCCUCCUACUCAAAAUUCAUUAGAAUCCAAUUCAUUGACAUUCUCAAUUUCCUUUUCAUUUCCUUUUUCCCAAAUGUUUCAGUCAUGCAUGUUUUAUGUUUUCUUAGAAAAAUUCCUCCCCCCUCCUUUUUCCUCCUUCCCUUAUUAUUUUUGUCGUGAAUUUGGACAUGAGUCAGCGCAUUUUUGACAUUUUUCGGAUGGAAAACAACACAUUUUAGGCCGUCUCUACGACAACCUCGGAAAUAUCCGUCAAUGGUGGGACAACGCGACCAUUUCCAAGUUUGAGCACAAGGUUUUUCGAGUGGGCACGUUGUGACAAACUUUAAAAUUGCAUUGUAGGCCCAAUGCAUCGAGAAACAAUAUUCGAGUUAUGUUCUCGAGCAAAUCAACAUGCAAAUCAACGGAAAAUCGACGAAAGGAGAGAAUAUUGCUGAUAACGGAGGACUGAAACAAGCCUACCGGUCCGUUGAACCCGCUUUCAAUGAUCCGAUCGGGACCAAGCUUUGCAGACUUUUUGAACUUGGAUUGAAGUGAAUUGGGAUCCCGAAAAGACACUUGGACCCAACAUACUUCAAUCCAAGUCCAACAAGCCUGCAAAGUUUGGUCCCGAGUGGAUCAAAGCGUGCGCCGGCCGUGCACAAUCCUACAACAUCCAUUCAAUCACGUUCAGAGCGUACAAAAAGUACGAAGCGAUGCACUCGCGUCCGCCCCGUCUUCCCGGCGUCAACCUGACCCACGAUCAGCUCUUCUUCCUGAAUUACGCACAAAUUUGGUGCGGAACGAUGAACGACAAGGAGGCGAUUCGCAAACUGAGGACUUCCGAACACUCGCCCGGACCGAUCAGGUAAAUUCUGCAAUUUCCAGCUUGAAACGGUAAUUCUAAUGUUUUUCGGUGACAAAAAUGUUCGGGAAAGCGGGAAAGUUCCCUGAAAACAUGUUCAUCGAAUAUUUUCGUACAUUUCCGACGAUGUAAAUGUGUAAAUAAUAUCAGAAAUUGAGGCACUUUGGCGUCCACUCAAGCACACACAAAUUCGCCUCAUUAUGCCCUUAUUUUGGUGGAAAUUUUUGGGGAAAAUGAGAAUUUUGAAGUGUUUUGAGCACAUUUUCGAGGCCGGAGAAAAAAAAAAUCGGAUUUCCAAAAUUUCCACUGCUCAUUAGCGGAUCCGCUCGGCAAAUUCAUUAUGCAUAUUAUAUGAAUCACGCACCGAAAAAUGCGUGAUAAUCGAGAACUUUGAUGCAAACAAUUUUUUGUUUUUCACGUAGAAACGAGUGAUGCGAGUGUUUCGUCAUUCGGACGCAAAAUACGCUUUUUUGUUGAAAAUUGGAGGAAACGUUGAUUUUUUUUUGGUAGGUUUGAAAGAGGAUCGAAAAUCGCGUUGGUGUAAAUAUAGAAAACUGAGCAAAUAUAGAAGUUUUAUUAGAAAAAGAGCGAAAUUGGUUCCUGGAUAUCUUUAUGAGCUUCCGUGUUUGCAAAAAUGUUGUUUAAUUACAAAAAGUACAUUUUCGCGUGCCCGUGUUGCUCUGCGUACUGUACACAAAACCUUACGCGCAAAGUUUUUGUUUUUAGUCUCUCUUGGUUUUGUUGCAAAUAUUCAUCGUUUUCCCAUGUUUUUCUCAGUUUCAGGCCAGUUUUUGUUGAGUUAUAGCUUGGUACAGAGUUUGCGUCGGUGAGUGGCUGAUACGGAGACGAUCCGAUGAACAAAAUGGCCAAAAACAUUGGCGGUGCGUUUUUUGAAGGAAUAAGUCAAGUACUCUCCAGAAUUGUCAUUAGAUUUUGUGAGUUUCAUUUACAUCACUGUGAACGUUUUUGAAAUGGGAACGCCAAGAGUUGAAGUAAUUUGAAAACAAAAUCGGCUUGACGCUUGAAAAUACAACAUUUCCUUUUUUUUGGAGAGAACUUGACUGUUUAUUUAGAAAAACGCACCGCCAAUGUUUUAGGCCAUUUUGACCAUCGGAUCGCCGCUGUAGCAGCCGCUCGCCGACGCAAACAGUUCACCAAGUUGUAACUCAACAAGGACUGGCCUGAAACUAAAAAAAAAAUCGAAAAACGAUAAAUAUUUGCAAAAAAAUCAAGUGUAGGCAGAGCAGCACCGGCAGAAGCGAAAGUGCACGCCGACUGAGGAUCAAUCAUUUGGCGAACGUCAAAAAUCUUGCAGAGUAAAAGGACCGCUUUCGAACAGUUUCGACUUUGCGAAAGCCUACAAUUGCGUGCCGGGAAGUCCGAUGAAUCCGAUUGAUAAGUGUCGUGUCUGGUAG